GCAUUUCCACACUCACAGAGUCAUUAGACAUGACAGACCAGAUGCCAUUGAACCCGUACCUUGCUCAUCUUGAAAAUGAAAGAAGUUGCAAUUCUGGCCAACGGGGUAGAAGGAGACCAGCUUUCGCGCCGCGAGAAGCUCUUGGAGGCGCUUCACGACCCAUGCUGGUCCCGGACGCUACACUCCGACACCAGAAUCCGUCGAACGUGACCGAAAAGAUCAAGCAGUCAAAUGCUAAAAACAUUUUUCCUGCGCCAAAGCGUCGGCCGCUACAUUCGCUUGGCAACUACGCGCACUAUUACUCAAAACGUGUCGGCCCUCUUGCGCGUGUGGAUCCGCGGUUAAGCUGGUUUGAGAAAUCCUGGUUCGCGGGAAAGAAGGUGUUGGAUGUUGGCUGUAACGCGGGCUUUCUUACCAUUGCCCUGGGAAUGUUCUUCUCGCCAGCUUUUGUGGAGGGGGUGGACAUAGAUCCAGGCCUGGUGAGGAAGGCGAGGAUGAACCUCGCGCAAAGAGCUUCACUUGUUCAACCCGUGUCAGGAGACCACGGGCUGUCAGUUGAGACACGAGCAGAGGGUCAGAUGCAGAUCGACCAAGUCGCUCAGUCGAGUUCAUUAGAUCCCAUGGACAUCGAUCAGGUUAACCUACCCAUGUCAAUGGAUCUUGAGUAUUUCCCGAAAAGUUGUCUGCUACAAUUGGGAAGUCUUCCAAUCAUCGCAGCACCACCCGAAUCUUGGUCUUUGCAACCCUUUCCUUUAAAUGUCCGGUUCCGCUGCGGUGACUGGUUGCAUGAGCCGAAUCCAUCGAACACAGACUUGAAAUACGACGUUAUCUUAGCACUCUCAGUGACCAAAUGGAUACACCUUAAUCACGGGGAUGACGGCAUCAAACUCUUCUUCCAGCGAUGUUUUCAUUCAUUAAAUUCCGGAGGUCUUCUUCUUUUGGAACCGCAGCCCUUUGACUCAUAUAGGAAGCGUGGCCUCAUACUGAGCGAUGAAAUGCGUAACAACUAUCGCAACAUAACCUUGAAGCCUGAGGACUUCGAGAAAUAUCUCGUUGAACGCGUCAACUUUCGGAGGGUCGAUCACGUUGUAGCGUCCACUAUGAAUGGUACCAAAGGGUUUUGUCGUCCCCUAUUACUUUGCAUCAAAUAGCAGAACUUUCUGCUCCCAGAGCGUCGCAGAUCGUCAUGUUCGCAAUUGAAUAUUUUCAUCACAAAUUUAUCCCCGAUAUGGUGACCCAAAUAAGAGUGCAGUCUCUAGAUUCUAUCUACAGUAAGGUAUCUACAUGAAAUCCAGUUCCAAAAAGGUAUGUCAUAUCACAAAAUCGAGUGCCGUUUCUCUCUGGCUACGCUCACCGCCGUCUGAUGGAAGGCAGGGGUGGAUAUGGA